GGCACUGCUACGAGUGAGAGCCGAAAAUACCCCUAUAUAAACAGAAUCUAUGAGUACUAAGCAGUCCCUCUCAUCCAUCCAGAGAAGCUAGAGUCCAGGUCUCACUCGCGACCGAGAGCCACAGAGAAAUGGGGGGCCCUGGUCGUCCCUGGCACCGGCACGUCUUCCUCGUCGUGUCGCUGCAGCUUCUCCUUGUGGCGCCAUGGCAGGACGAGACGGCCGCUCGAGCUCUCAAUUUCACCAGGCAGGAUUUCCCCAGGGCCUUCGUCUUUGGUGCCGGCACGUCAGCUUAUCAGUACGAAGGGGCAACCGAUGAAGACGGAAGGAGCCCAAGCAUAUGGGACAACUUUACUCAUGCAGGUAGGAUGCCGGACAAAAGCACUGGCGACCUAGGGGCGGACGGCUACCACAAAUACAAGGGAGACGUGCAGCUGAUGAGUGACACUGGCCUGGAGGCCUACCGCUUCUCCAUUUCUUGGUCCAGGCUUAUUCCAAGAGGAAGAGGAGCCAUCAACCCCAAGGGCCUCGAGUAUUACAACAACCUCAUCAAUGAGCUAGUAAAACGAGGAAUUGAGAUACACGUGACCCUGUCCCACCUGGAUUACCCUCAGAUCCUGGAGGACGAGUACCACGGCUGGCUGAGCCCCAGGAUGGUGGACGACUUCGAGGCGUACGCGGACGUGUGCUUCCGCGAGUUCGGCGACCGGGUGAGGCACUGGACCACCAUGGACGAGCCGAACGUCAACUCCAUCGCCGCCUACGACAACGGCGCCUUCCCCCCCGGCCGCUGCUCCCCGCCGUUCGGGUUCGGCACUAACUGCACCGCCGGCGGCAACUCCAGCGUCGAGCCCUACGUCGUCACCCACAACUGCAUCCUGGCGCACGCCGCCGUCGCCGCCCUCUACACCCGCAGCUACCGUGCCGAACAGCAGGGCGUCGUCGGCAUCAACAUCUACACCUUCUGGAACUACCCCUUCUCCCCCGCCCCCGCCGACGUCCAGGCCACGCAGCGCUCGCUCGACUUCAUGAUCGGCUGGAUGGUCAACCCGUUGGUGUAUGGAGACUACCCUCAAGUGAUGAAGAGGAUAGUCGGGUCCCGCCUUCCCAGGUUCACCAAGCGGCAGUCGGAGAUGGUCCGCGGGACGGCGGAUUUCAUUGGCAUAAACCACUACACCUCCGUGUACGUCAGUGAUCGCCCCAACGACGCAGCAGCCGACACCACGGGGCCCCGGGACUACAAUGCUGAUCUGUCGGCUACCUUCAGAUUUUCUCGCGAUGAUCCAGCUACUGGCCAGUUCGUCCCAAUCAACAUGCCAAGCGACCCGCAGGGACUGCAAUGCAUGCUCGAGUAUCUCAGCCAAACCUACAACAACAUCCCCGUCUACGUGCAGGAAAACGGCUACGGGGCGCUCUUCAACGACUCCAUCCAUGACCACGAGAGAGCCGAGUACUUGAGUGCCUACAUGGGCAGCGCACUCGCUGCACUCAGGAACGGAGCCAACGUGAAGGGGUACUUCGUCUGGUCGUUCCUGGACGUGUUUGAGCUGCUGGCGGGCUACUACUCGCGAUACGGCCUCUACCAUGUCGAUUUUCAGGACCCGGAGCUGCCGAGGACGCCAAAACUCUCUGCGCUGUGGUACAGCAAGUUCUUGAAGAAUGAAAUCGACAUAAUAGAGAACGUUGUCAGCGAUACUGACGAUGCGCGCUCGCAUGCUGCUGAACAAUGAGUUAGUUUGCUAGCAAGCAGCAGGCAGCAGCACACGACAUAUCACAUAUGCAUGUCGUAGUAGCGGAGGAAAAGAAUGUUUCUUAUCCAUUCUUUUUUUUUCACAAGUCCACAGAAGCUCAGAAUUUUCAGCAGUUGGUCAGGCCCGGAAUUCAGUGUUCGUGAAUCGUAGCCAUAGGCACCCUCUUUGGCUGUAGCCCUGUAGUAUGCGCUACGUACGGCAACAGUUGUCAUGAGUCACUCUGUCGCUACUGACACAAUAAGUAAUACAGAAAGGAACUAUUACUCU